AGCGCGGGAGCUCUGUUCUGCCUGUCUCCUGAACUCUGGAGCAGCGGUUAAAGGAACUUCAGCUGGGCAAAAAAAAAGCGCCCCUCCGCUUCAACAACGCCGUACAAUGGAUCCCAAGUACCCAGCUCUGUGCCCGACCUGUGCAGACUCAGCCUGCAACGACAACUCCGCUAAGGGCAGAAAAAUGUCCCCGUGCAGGCAACUGCUGUUCAUUUCCAUUGCAUUCACAAUGUACAUUAUAGAUGGAGUGACUGCAGCUGAAACGCUAUGUGGUGGUGAGCUGGUGGACACUCUACAGUUUGUCUGUGGUGAAAGAGGAUUUUACUUUAGUAGAGCGACUGGACGAUCUAAUAGUCGCAGACAGAAUAGAGGAAUAGUCGAAGAAUGUUGCUUCCGCAGCUGUGAUCUGGGCCUUCUAGAACUCUAUUGUGCAAAACCAGUCAAGAAAGAGCGUGAUCUCUCUGGAACACCUUUUAAUCUUUUACCAUCAGCAAAUAAGGAAAGCUUUAGGAAGCCUCUGGUUGCCAAGUAUUCCAAAUAUGACUUCUGGCAAAAAAGGUCUGCCCAGCGUCUGCGAAGAGGCAUUCCUCCAAGUUUCAUGGCCCAAAGGCUCAGGAGACAAGUUGAGGAAGUCCAGAGCUUACAGUAUGUCAAAACGCACAAGCCACUUCUGACUCUCCCUGUCAAGCCACCCCUGCAAGUCCCAGCGGCAUCAAAGAAAUACUUCAGUCAGGAAUGAUGAAGAAACAUUUUGCACAUUUCUUGAGAUAAAGUCGGGGAUUAUAGCUUUGUACACGACGUCAUUUCUGUGGCAUUCCAACUGAAUUUUUCUACCCCCUUCCCCACCCAUCUCCCUCAACUAGACCUCCUUCCCUGCCUUCAACUUCCUCCCCCACCCCCGCCCCCUUCAGCCAGUGAAGAAGUGCAAUGUUGCUUAAGCAGCCUGGUAAAAGUGAUACCUGCUGGGCAAAAGAAGUCGUGGUGUCUGAGGUGUUUGGGCCAAAAUGGUCAUGCCGCAGACUACAAUUUAUUUUACAUACAAAUGUCACGUGAUGCAUUCUAGAUAAUGUGUCCUCGCUGGUUCUGCACCUAUACAAGAAGGGAUAUCAACACUUCGUGGAAUACCUAGUGUCAUCCAGAUCCUGCACCUUUUUUUAAACAAGAUGAGAUUAGGUGAACCUGUGAGGGACUAAAGACAGUGGUGUGUGCAGUCUCGCAUUGCCACAGAUUGCGUCAAGUUUUUUUUUUAUUUUUCUUUCAAUGGCACUAUUUCUGAUAAACAAUAAGUGUGGUCACACACACACUUGUAUUAUGGUGCUAACUUGCUUUAAGAGAAGCAAAAGAGCUGACUCGAAGAUUUGAGAUUUGAUAAAUGCAUGAACAUCAAACAGAACUUGAAAUUAACUUUUCCGUUUUAGGAAACAUGUCUUUUUAAAAAAAAAUUAGCUUGGUUUUGGCGGUGCAAGAUAGGCAAGAAGAAGACAAAAGGCACAAAAAAAAGACAAAAUCAAAGGGAAACAGCAGUGUUGUAAUAAUUUUUUUCCUAUGUUUUUCAACUAACUUUAUUUCUUAUUCAUAGUAGUUACUUGCUUUGCUUUGAAAACAUACUUGAACUCAUAUACUUACUGUCCAGGGUCAGAUCUUUUUUGGAAUUAGUCUGAGCUAUAUCUUGCAGUGUUGAGCCGCCAAGCUAUUAAAAGUAAUGGCACUGCGUAAAGGCAUUAUUUAUUUUAUGUAAAAUAUAUAUGAAAAUUGGUCCAAAUAAUGUACUUAGCACUGAUGAGCAACUGCAAAGACAGAUCCUAUUUUGUCUAAUUUUGUACUAGUAAAGCUUUCGUAGAUGCUUUGUACCAAAAAAUGAAAAGAAAUGUGUUUUUGUUCUCUCUCUCUCUCUCUGUCUGUCUGUCUCUCUCUCUGUUCUCUCUUGAUAUGAGUGUAAUUUGGUAUUGGAAGCCUCUGUGAGGUGCCUUGAUUCAGCCAGAGAACCUCAGGCCUUGUUUUGGACACUGUGUACCCAUGCUCACUGCUGUCAGCUAUGGUAUAAUCAAGUGCAAUUACUUGGUUACAGCUCAUCUCUAGUGUUUCUUUUUGACCCACAUUGUGUUAACAUCUUUUGUUUCCUGUCAGUUUUGUGAUUCACUUCUGCUUUGAGUGACUUCACGUUAUAUUCACCGUUGCUUCAUCAAAAAUGGAAAGCUUCCAGUUUCUUUUAUUAAAAGAAAAUGAGCUCAAAAUUACAUCAUUUAAAUAGUACUCAGAAAACAUAGUUCUUUUGUCAAAUGUUUGCAUCAGCCAGUAUGAAGGGAAACAUCCGCAAUUGCAUUAGUUAAAUAAAGCUUUUUACUUUUUUAAGAAAAUGUUUUAGCAGAUACAGUUAAGGUGUACUCUCCUGUUAACUAAUAUGUCAUAUAUUUAACAUGUGCACUCAACCAACACUAGACUCUAGAGAAAGACAAGAUUCACAAUCAUUGUACUUUUGUUUUUAAUAUCAAUAAAAGCAAUUUAUUACAAUA